AUGGCCAGCACUCGCAAUUCAUCCCCUCAUGUCCUUCAGCCUCGACGCGGUGUUUUCAUCGUGCUGGCGGCUUUUGUCAUGAUUGUUCUGUUCGCUUUCCUUUCGCUCGGUCUCGACUCGGGGCUGAUCGCGAUGGAGCAAACGCGACUGCAAAACGCCGUCGACGCGGCUGCGUUGGCAGCUUCGCAAGAGAUCACUUCGGCGGUGCAAAACGCCAGCGACGGAGGCGACCCGAACUCGAUUUCAUUGGCGCAUGCCAAAGAGAUGGCCGUUGAUGUGGCCAAUCGAAACGGUGUGUACGUGAACCCUGAUCGCGAUGUGAUCUUCGGCAAGCGAACCUACAACGAAGGAACCGGCAAGUGGGACAUUACCUGGAACGAAGGGCCGUUCAACGUUGUCAAAGUGGAAGCCCACCGCGACCAGCCUGACAUGAGUGCUCGCGAUAGCAAAUUGCCGUUAGCCUUCGGCUGGGCCGUUGGCACGCCAACGAUUGACUUGAAAGCGGAAGCGAUUGCGUUUGUUGAAGCUCGUGACAUGGUCGUCGUGCUCGACUUCUCUGGCUCGAUGAACGACGACAGCCGCUACAGCUCGAUCAAUCGACUCGGCCAAGAUGCGAUCGAAGCGAACAUGGUCGACAUCUUCAAUUCCAUGAACCCCAAUGUGGGCGACCUUUCGUUUGAUCAAGAGUAUCUGACAAUUGUGGGCAAACCGCCGACCAGCAAUGCUGCACCGCAAAACGAAGUUACGUUCAAAGAUCGCGAAGUCUACGUCAAGUCGACCAAAACGAUCAAACGCGUUCGACUGUACUUUGACAACGGAAAGUCACAGUACUUCUACCCCAACAGCAAGUCUGGCACGUUCGCAGGUUCUGGUUCGUAUAACAACCGCCGAAUCGACCGGGUCUAUGUUCGUGCGGGGAAUGCGACCGGCAACGGAGAAGAGUUCCGCGACACCAACGACGCAGUUGAAGAAGC